AUGCAAAAGCAGGAUGCCAUGGAAUACACCAUGGAGUAUGAUUGGGGAAUCAUUUGCCUAUUGAUUUUUAGUUUCACAAGAUUAAACGGUGGGAAUAAUUUAUGUAUAUAUGAAAUUGUUCUGUUAUACAAAAUAUUAAUAUUAAAAACUAUCAUAGCAGCGUCAAGUACUUCUGAAAGCAGCAGGAUUGUUGGUGGCCAUGAAUCCAAACCGUACAACCACCCAUAUCUGGUGACCCUCCAAUUGAGAUUCUUGUGGAUGAGGAUGCACGUUUGCGGUGGGAGCAUCAUAAAUGAGAAAUGGAUAUUAACUGCAGCACACUGCGUGCAAGAUUCCUGGUUGCUGAGAUGGCUCCCAAUGGAUGCUGUAGCUGGUGUUCAUAAUAUAAACACGUUUGGGAAAGAGGCACAGAUUAAUACGAUCAACGAACGCAUACCACAUCCUUUAUAUGAAGGAGGUAUUGGUGCAUAUGACAUCGCUCUACUGGGCUUGCGUACGCCAUUCGUCUUCACGGAUCAAGUCCAGCCGAUAAACCUUCCUUACACUUCUAAAAUUUCAAACGAGUCUCUUCUUCUGGUCGGAUGGGGAGCUUUGAGGACAACUUCCUUCAUACCUGACCUACCAAAUGAAUUACAAGAAGUCAAAGUGACGUACAUCCCGUACCAACAAUGUUACGACGCUAUUGAAGAAAUAAAAGAACCUUCUGAAUAUAAUCCUCUCGAUAAAGAAGCGCAUUUAUGUACUGGACCCCUGACUGGAGGCAUCGCUGCUUGUAGUGGAGAUUCCGGAGGCCCUCUGGUACAAAUGACCUCUAUAGAAGCCUUGAAUAAUAGAAACGAAAAGGAUAAUGAUUACGAUGAAUACUAUAAUGACAAAAGACUGAUUAGAAGUGAAAAACUAGUGCCCAAUGUAAAUCGCGACCAAGUGCCUUUUAUUAUUGGGAUUGUGUCUUGGGGUAUGGCUCCCUGUGGAACCAAAGGAGCUCCAACGGUUUACACUAAUGUAUCACAAUACAUGGAUUUCAUUAACGCACAUAUUAAAACGUAA